AUCAACAUGGCAGCUUUUUGAGUUUUGGAGGAGGGGACCUGGUGUAAAUAAACACAAAUUUCACGUUUUACAGUUAACGACAGCGUUCGCGUUUUUGUGUUGAGAACUGGUUGGGCCGUAGAGGUAAAAUGUCGACUGACGGAAAUAAAAAACAGUUCUGGAAAAGAAACGCAGCGAAGGUUCCUGGCAGCAUUCAGCAUGUGUACGGCGCACAGCAUCCACCUUUCGACCCUCUCCUUCAUGCUAACCUGAUUAAAGCAGGUAACAAGCCUCCUCCGGCCACACCAGGCAAGCCCAAGAAGGCCACCACCUUCCAGGAAUUUGAGAGCAUCACAAGUGAUGCCUGGGAUGUCGGGGAUGAUGAUGACGAGUUGCUGGCCAUGGCUGCACAAAACCUUAAUAUUGAGGUGGUUAUGGAGACAGCAAAUAAGGUGAUUGAGAAUCACAGCAAGCAGCAGGAGAGACAGAGGCAGGAUGACACAACAGAGCUGGAACAGAGAGAAGAGGAUACUCAGGAGGAGGUUGUAGAGGACGAGGAGGAGGACGAGGAAGAGGAGGAGGACAGGGUUGGGGAAGGAGACGUGACCAGCCCAGAGGUGUCGUUUGCCUCCCAGAGCAGCCCUUAUACUGAUGGUCGCCUAGUUAAGUCCCACAGCGAAGCUCCAAUUGGGUCACCUAAAGAUGCAGCAGGUGAGCGUGCAGCCCUCCACAGACAGCGGUCUCUGCCCCACCGGCCGCCCGUCAUCCCGCUCGUGGCUCGCAUGGCUGACCAGAACACAUCUGGCACCCCGGCCAUGACCGAGAGGGAAGCAUCCCGUCUGGAUAAGUUCAAACAGUUGCUGGCUGGGCCCAACACAGAUCUGGAGGAGCUGCGGAAACUCAGCUGGUCUGGAAUCCCACGACAGGUCCGACCGAUAACGUGGAAACUCCUUUCAGGUUACCUACCAGCUAAUGCGGAAAGGAGAGACAGCGUCCUACAGAGGAAGAGACAAGAAUAUUUUGGCUUUAUCCAGCAAUACUAUGACUCCCGCAAUGACGAACACCAUCAGGACACAUACAGACAGAUUCACAUUGACAUACCGAGAACUAAUCCUCUUAUUCCUCUCUUUCAACAAGCUUCUGUCCAAGAGAUUUUUGAGCGGAUCCUGUUCAUUUGGGCCAUCCGCCACCCGGCCAGCGGCUACGUGCAAGGCAUCAACGACCUGGUCACGCCGUUCUUUGUCGUCUACGUCUUUGAGUACAUUGAGGAGGAAGUGGAAAACUUUGACGUGUCCAGUCUUCAGGAAGAGGCUCUGAGGAACAUUGAGGCUGACAGCUUCUGGUGCAUGAGCAAACUGCUGGACGGCAUCCAGGACAACUACACAUUUGCCCAGCCAGGCAUCCAGAGGAAAGUCAAGGCCCUGGAGGAGCUGGUCAGCAGGAUUGAUGAGUCUGUGCACCGCCACAUGCAGCAGUACGAGGUGGAGUACCUGCAGUUUGCCUUCCGCUGGAUGAACAACCUCCUGAUGAGGGAGCUGCCACUACGCUGCACGAUUAGACUGUGGGACACCUACCAGGCUGAACCAGAGGGCUUCUCCCAUUUCCACCUCUACGUGUGUGCCGCCUUCCUGGUGAGGUGGAGGAAAGAAAUUCUAGAAGAGAGAGAUUUUCAGGGUCUGAUGAUCCUCCUGCAAAACCUCCCCACAAUGCACUGGGGCAAUGAGGAAGUGAGCGUACUGCUGGCUGAAGCCUACAGGUUGAAGUUUGCCUUUGCUGAUGCGCCCAACCACUACAAGAGAUGAUGAGCGUGGCUCCGUGCAGCCGCUCCCCUCCUCCUCCUCUUCCUCGUCCUCAUCCUCCUGCUCUUGUUCCUCCUUUCCUGCCCUGCAGUCGCCGACUGAACUUAGAGGCCUCGAUUCCUCUGUGGAAGGACCUCCCCUUUUCUUAACCCCCCUCUACUGUACCGCCCAAUGGGCCUGUCAGCUAUUAAGAGAUUUGAAUCAGCCGAUGACUGAGAGGACGUGCUGUGUAGCAUUCUAACAUGUUGACGUGGAGCCUUUUUUUUAUUAUUAUUAUUUUGAAAUGUGCACUCCCUUCAGUCCAGUGCAGAACCGUCUUCAUCGCUGAAGACUUUUUGUUGGGAGUUCGGUCCGCUCAAGCCAACGCCUCAAAGUACAACCUCAAGCCUGAAGCAGGGCCACGAGCUGCUCAGCGCCGCUGGGGGGCAGUCUGGCUGAGAAACAUGUUCUUUUCUUGUAAUUGUUAUUUCCAUUAUCAUGGCAAUAUAUUGCUUUUUGUUCCCGGAAGCAAAAAGG